AUGGCUUCGGCCCAAUCUUACACGGCGAAACUCUCCGCUAAGCGAGUUCUGGUUCUUGGGGGUACAUCAGGCAUAGGAUUUGCCGUCGCGCAGGCAGCGCGAGAAUUUGGGGCGAAUGUCAUCUUGUCAAGUUCGAAUCAAGAUAAAAUCAACGUUGCGAUUUUGAAAACCCAAAAAAUUAAACCGGAGUCUGAUGCCAGUGUCAUCGGAUACCCAUGUAAUUUAUACGACCUCAACCUCUUGGAGAGCAAUUUGAAAGCAUUGUUCGACAGUGCAACAAAGGGAGGCACGCAGAAGCUCGAUCACGUUGUAUACACCGCUGGUAACAAGGUGGGAUCGAUCAGCCUCGCCGACACCGAUACUAAGACGAUCACGGAGCAUGGUAUCCUACGAUUCUACGUCCCGGUCAUGAUUGGGAAACUAGCGCCUAACUAUAUGGCCAGCAGCCCCCAGUCAUCGAUUACAUUUACUAGCGGAGUGAACAAUGUCAAGCCCGUGCCCGGACGAGUGCUUAUGGCGGGCUGGGGAGCUGGUGUUGAGGGCGUUACGCGGGCACUCGCGGUCGACUUGAGGCCCAUCAGGGUGAAUUGCAUCUGCCCUGGUCCCACGCGCACGGAGCUGUUCGCCGGAUUUCCCGAUGAGGUCCUCCAGCCCCUAAUAGAGAAGUACAAGAACUCAACGAUGACAAGGACAAUAGGCAAUCCACAUGAUAUCGCCGAGGCGUAUAUGUACUGUAUGCGAGAUUCCUUCGUGGACGGCACCGUCAUUCACUCGAGUGGGGGGUAUCUGCUGGCCUGA